CAUGCUCCAUCCCUCAGAUGGCAAAGUGGUCGUGAAUUUACUCCAAGGAGCAUACCUCAGCCUGAUUAGUUUUUCAGACCAAAUCCAAAAUGUGAGCAUUCAAUUUGUAACAAAUGAGAGGCCGUCAGAAAAAGAGUCUCUUAAAGUGAGUCACACGGAGUGCAGUUAUCUCCUGCCUCUGCAGCGAUGCAAACUGGAAGGAGCCAUAGCAGAAGCCGAGAAACAGGGAGAGAUGGCUCUCAAAGAUGCAAAGUGUAAACUGGCCGACCUGGAGGCUGCACUGACGAAAGCCAAGCAGGACCUGGCUUGCCAACUGCGGGAGUACCAGGAGCUGACGAACGUCAAGCUGGCCUUGGAUAUCGAGAUUGCCACCUACAGGAAGCUGCUGGAAGGAGAGGAGAGCCGGUAG